CAUACAGCAAGCAUAUACCGGUCUGUACAUACGAGGACCUCUUGAUUUUCUUUCCUCUCUUCCAUUUCUCGUCUUCUUUAUUAUCUACAUCUCUUACUCUCAUAUAUAUAUAUACAUAUGUGCAUUCAUAUCGAACUAUUGAAUUGCAUUCUCAUUCCUGAAUUUAUUGAACGAGCAUAGUCAAUUGCCAUCAAAUAUCAGAUCAUUAUCUCAUCCUUUCAUACCUCGUACAAGUCCUGCAUACGAUACGACAUCACAUCGGCAGAGACAAAGGAUUAAGGAACCACCACUUGUCCCCCGCCUCGUCACAACAUCAUCCCUCCAAAUCCACAUUAUUACAACAUAUAAAAGCUCUCUUCCACCCUAAAGUCUCCAAAAAUUACCUUGAGAUGUUCUUAUAACCAGACGAAAAGGAGCAAAUUCAAAAGGCUCCAUUCACACAUCCAUUUAUCAUGCCCAUAUUUCAAGAUGACCUCGCUGACGGCCGAGAGAUAUUGCCCAUUCAAAAAUCAAAAAUGUCAUCCGUUUCAAUGUCACCGCCGGAAAGAAGAACGAUCACGAGGAAAGAUAGUGAAGAAAGCAUUAGAACGGAAUUAUGUGAAGGUCCUGUACCAGAUACCCCCGAGGGAUCAAAGACUCUACCGACUUUAGGUUUGGAUACAAACUUCAAGAACUCAUACAGCGGAAUAUCGGAUAGAGGGGAUCUUAUUGAAAGGUUGAAAAGGGGCGAAAGUUCCAGUUGGUUCCCGAAUUUAAAUUUAAAGUCCCUACUUCAUGGCCAAAGUCCAGAAACUCCCAGUCGAAAGACCUCAAGUCAUUCGAAUUCAUCUUCCCUAUUACCAUCUCCCGAAAUAUCUAAUACGACCAGGCCCUCGUCAGUAGACAAACCUAGUUUACAAGCUGGUCUAGAGAUUGAACGACCAAGGUCCGCAUUACACAGUGGAAAUUUCACCGAAGGUCCUCAACAAACUAUAUCUGAUAGUCCUGCGCAGGAUAUGAAGAGAUUUGGCACAGUAAAUUUACCAUGGCUAGCUACAUCUCCACCGCGAAAUUUUACUCCCUUUCAACUCGAUCCUCGGUUCCCAUCAGUGGAUAAAGCUGAAGCAGAGUUAAGAACAAGAACUCGUGCACCAUCGCUAUCUUCUUCAUACUCUUCGAACUUUGUGUUGAAAGCACCAACAAGCCCUUUAGUACAAUCAGAAAGUAACGACGACUUAGAUUAUACGUCAAAUUUAAAUCCAAUAGACAUUUCUCCCGGGACACCUAAAACUAACUCAAGACGUCAUACUUUACAGGCUUCACAUUCAAUAUAUUCAAACAGUUUUAUACCAGGAUCAACCGCCUUUAACAAACCUUUACCGAGUCUUAGGAGAGACAAUACAUAUCCUUACCAAGCUCAUCAACCUCGGAGAUCUCUUGCCUCUAGCAUAACGCCCCACUCGACGUCUUCUCCGCAAACACCGAUUUUCUCGCGGUCAAGGAGACCUUCGUUUUCAGAUUUAUCACCUCUGCAUGCUUCGAUGGUGGGAUCAUAUGAAGAGAGUAUUCUUCGGGGACGAAUGUCUACUACACCUUCGAAACCACUCGAUUUUGUUGCUCAAAUAGGGGUGCUAGGGUUCGGAAAGUGCAAACCAAGUCUCAAAUGUCCACCUCAUGUGACCUUAUCAUUUCCGGCAGUAUUUUAUGCAUAUGAAUCCACAAGUCAUGGUCGGAGAGGGAAAUCUGAUGACGGGCCUAGUCCAUAUGUUGGCUGUAUUGAUUUAGAAAAUGGAUUGCCGAGCCCCGAGAAGGGAAAGGAUAAUCAAAAGAGGAGGAGAAAUGCUACGCUUGACAGAAUACAUAUGGAUGAUCUCGACACCAACCCAUCAAAUUCAGGACAAGCAUCAGAACGAGAGAUCCGUAGAGCAGGGAAACAAAAACGUCGGUCCACUUCUCCACGAGCACCCCCAGGUGGUAGCUAUCGCAUCCCCGAAAAAGGGCAGUUGCAAAUCAUCAUAAAGAAUCCUAACAAAACAGCUGUCAAAUUGUUUCUCGUCCCUUAUGAUCUCACCGGAAUGGAACCUGGCACCAAAACGUUUAUCCGUCAACGGAGCUACUCUGCUGGACCUAUUCUUGAUUCGGCACUCUCAUCUUCGCCUCAUCGAUCCGCACCCAUUAUUGAUCCACUCGCCGAGAGACCUACCCUCCGCUAUCUCGUUCAUAUCCAUAUUUGCUCACCAGCUCGAGGUCGCUAUUAUCUUUACAAAAGCAUACGAGUCGUCUUUGCCAAUCGUGUUCCAGAUGGUAAAGAAAAGCUUCACAACGAAAUCACAUUUCCAGAACCGAAAUUCACUACUUAUAAAGCAAUUCGCGAUUCGAGUUUCGGAGGUGCAGGUGCGGCAUUGGCGGCGGAAAAAGCAUUUCGGAGGAGAAGUUCUGGAUUUCCUUUGAGUAGAAAUAGGAAUUUCGAUUUUGGAGGUGAUGACAAUGCAUCAGAUAGGGGUGUGGUGAAUCCUAUUCCUUUUCAAUUCCCUGCGAAGAGGGGUAUGAUGGAUGGAGAUGGUGAUAUCGGACCAUUGGAUUUGGGAGCAAGUGAAUCAUUGAAUUCGGAGUAUUAUUCAAGACCGGGUACGGCGUUUGCAGGGGUAGAAAUGGAUGGUAUGAGGAGUGGGCUAGGGACAGGAUUAUAUGAGAAAUUGAAGAAAGGCGAUUUGGGUUAUGGCAGUGAUGGAUUCUCGCCAACGAGAGUCAACACUCCCGAUAUAGAUGGGAGACAAUCUCCCGCCGAAGGAUUAUUGGCAACAAGAUUGAGGGAAUUAGGUGUAGGGCUCUCGAUGAAGAUACCUGGAAAUGAGAGAGAAGAAGCGGUCCUUGAAUGCGAGGAGCUAGAGGGAGAUUCAUAGGCAUUAUUAGAAUUUGUGAAUAUCGUGAUUACAUUAGUUGGAGUAUUAACUAGCUGGAUUAGUCUAGGGCUGGCUUUUUGGGAUCUUGAUAUGUAGCAAUUUGUUAUUGUAUCGUAUCGCACUGCAUCGCAAGGCAUGGCAUCGCAUCGCGUGGGUAUAGGAAUCGUUUGGCGCAGUGUGGUUUUCUCGCAUGAAAUAAUUAGGAAUUUGGGGAUCUUGUAAUAGGAUUGGCUUUUAUAGAUGGAGGUGGGAUGGGAUUGGAGCUGAAUAUACUAUUAGUGCUACUUUAGAAAUAUUGGAAUUUAUGUGGUGAUUUGUUGGUGGAUAGUUUGGUGUAUGGAUGUAUGAAUGUAGGUGUGUAUUUUGGAUAGUAUAGUAAUACAGAAUUGAAAAAUUGGAAAAUUGAG